AAUUCCAAAGCUAAGCAAGGGAUCGUACUAGUUCAAAAUUGAAAAUUAAAAAUCCGGUUAUGAUUUUUAUCGUAAGCAUCAAUUUUAAUUUAAUUUCAUUUUCCCUCCCAAAAUCCAAUUCCUCUAAAAAUUAUGGCGGAAAGUGAAGCAACCGCCGAGAGAAUGACGGUCAGAACACACAAGAAAAGGGACCGGAAUUUAGUCACCUUGACCGGAGCUGCUGCUAUUAUUGCUCUCACCGCUUCUUUUGCUAUCUCCGCCUUCAAUUCUCGCCGGAGAAAGUCAAAGAACAAAGGUAUUGAAGGUUCCACUGUUCGCAUUAAUAUUUCUCCCAAUGAGAUUCUCAAAUUAGCUAAUCGAAUCAUUGCGAAGUCUAAGGAGGUUCAUGAUUCAAUUGCUUCUGUUCCUAUUGAUAAGGUUAGUUAUGCAAAUGUUAUUGCGCCUCUAGCGGAUUUAGAGGCAGAACAGUUCCCGUUAAUCCAGACUUGUGUGAUACCGAAGCUUGUGUCUACAUCAGAAGAUGCAAGGAAAGCAAGCAUAGAAGCUGAGCGGAGAAUUGAUGCUCACAUUGCAACGUGCAGUAAAAGGGAAGAUGUAUAUCGCGUGGUUAAAGCUUUUUCUGUCAAAGGAGAGUGGAUGAACUCUGAAGCUAAACACUAUGUUAAGUGCCUGGUCACAGAGUUUGAGCGAAAUGGUCUAAACCUUACUAUUACCAAGAGAGAAGAAGCUCAGCGGCUGAGAGCUCAAAUUGAUGAGCUAAGUUUGCGAUAUGUCCAAAAUUUGAAUGAUGACAGCACUUUUGUUCUUUUUAGUGAAACAGAGCUGGUUGGAUUGCCACCAGAGUACCUGAAAAGUUUGGAUAAGGCUGAAGAUGGUAAAUUUAAGGUUACUAUGAAAAGUCAUCAUGUUCAGGCACUUCUGGAGCUUUGCAAGGUGGGAACAACAAGGAAGAUUGUUGCAACAGCAUAUGGGAAGAGGUGUGGUGAAGUGAAUCUUUCUGUCUUAGAACGUUUGGUUGACUUGCGCCACAAAUAUGCUCGCUUAUUUGGCUAUUCUAACUACGCAGACUAUGCUGUUGAUCUCAGAAUGGCAAAGACAUCCUCUAAGGUAUUUGAGUUCUUGGAGGAUAUCUCUGCCAGUUUAACUGACACGGCGUCUAGGGAACUCACCAUGUUGAAAGACUUGAAGACGAAAGAGGAAGGAGAGCUCCCAUUUGGAAUUGAGGACCUACAAUACUAUGUGAAAAGGGCUGAAGAAAAGCAGUUUGAUCUGGACUUUGGUGCUCUUAAGCAAUACUUCCCAGUUGAUUUAGUUCUAUCUGGGAUCUUCAAAAUAGUGCAAGAUCUUUUUGGAUUAAGAUUUCAGGUAAUUGCAGAAGCUGAGGUUUGGCAUAAUGAUGUUUCCGUCAUUUCAGUAUUUGACUUGAAAUCUGCUGAACUCUUGGGCUAUUUCUACCUUGAUUUAUACAAAAGGGAAGGGAAAUAUGGCCAUACUUGUGUGCUAGCUCUUCAAAAUUGUGCAUUAUCAAGUAAUGGUGCACGGAAGGUAACUUUGGUUCCGGUGGCAUUACUUAUUUCUCAGUUGAAAAAGGAUAUUGGCGGCUGUCCUAGUUUAUUGAGAUUCUCUGAAGUGGUCAGCCUUUUCCACGAGUUUGGCCAUGUGGUACAACACAUAUGCAACCGGGCAUGCUUUGCCAGAUUCUCUGGGUUGCGUGUUGAUCCUGACUUUGUGGAGAUCCCUGCUCUGGUGCUAGAAAACUGGUGCUAUGAGAGCCUCUCUCUAAAGUUGAUAUCCGGUUUCCAUCAGGACAUAACAAAGCCCAUUAAUGAUGAAAUUUGCAAGUCACUCAAAAGAUGGCGAUAUUUCUUUUCUGCACUUAAAAUAAAGCAGGAAAUUCUUUACUGUCUUUUUGAUCAGAUUAUACAUUCUGUUGACAAUGUUGAUAUUGUCGAGUUAUUCAAGCAUCUCCAUCCGAAGGUGAUGUUAGGUCUGCCAAAGUUAGAAGGGGUCAACCCAGCUUCAUGUUUCCCACGUAGUGUCAUCGGAUAUGAAGCUGCUUGUUAUAGUCGUAUUUGGAGUGAGGUCUUUGCAGCUGAUCUAUUUACCUCAAAAUUUCGUAGUGAUCUCUUGAACCACAAUGUCGGCAUGCAGUUUAGAGACAAGGUAUUGUCUCCAGGAGGAACUAAAGACCCCAUUGAAAUUUUAUCGGAUUUUCUUGGAAGAGAACCAUCAACUCAAGCUUUUCUUGACAGCAGAGCGGACUACGGUUUGUGAUUUUAAAUGUUCAUAGUAAAAUGAGCUAAGGUUUGCAAUCAAAAACAUUUCACGGCUUCUGUUUUUUUAGUUGCCUGCAAAAAGAAAUCUAGUCUUCUAUUGAUGUUCUUUCUUGCUAUCACUUGUAUAUAAAAUUUUGGUAGUUAUGAGGGUCAAAUUUGCAGCUAACAUUUCCUGACAAACACUAGCGGUUUGAAACUUGCAAGAAGCUGUUGCUAUUUUGUUCGAUUUGCCAUCAUUAAUUUGCUAGUUUUCAAAAUCAAA